AUGCUCCCAGAGUGGAUCAGCAAUUCCGGCACCUCCAAUCUGUUCAUGCGAGCUUGCAGUGGUCUCGCCUUGAGAGGUUACAGUGCUUCCAACCUUGAAGCGUGUGCCAACGACACCAAGUCUUUCAUCAAUGCAGUAUUUGCCAAGAUUGGAUCGUCGGUGACCAAUGUUGCCUUGUGGGAUGCUUGUCAUGAUUUGGUGAUGGCGCGAAGAGCAGCUGGAGCGGUCAACCGCCUGGGAGUCAAGAGAAUGUCACAUUUGACUUUGACUACGCCAAAUGUUGGUCGAGCCGGUGAAACUAUUGAGCGCGUGUACAACGCCAGGUUCAAUGAGGACAAGACGCUUUAUCAGCUUCCAGGGGAUGACGAUCCUACAUUGAGCAUCGUCAGGGCGCCCGCAGGAACUGGCCCUGGUAACAUUGGCCUUUCAAUGCGGUUCUCCGUCUAUAACUUGGCGAGGGCUCGUGCAAUGCUGAAGGCUGACGGCGCAGCCUUCCACGAAGUCAAACUUGAGGAUGGCUCAAAUGAGCUUGGUCUCAAACGCGAGGAGGCGGGAUAUCCAAUAAGUCUUGCGCAGGCCCCUGCUUGGGAAUCCUCUAACGGUGCCUUCUCCAACUCCUCAGAAGCGCUGAAGUCGGUUGCUGGGCCGGCCUACCAGCUCGAUCAUUAUGCUGCCAUCAUGCCAGACGCCACCAAGAUGAAGAGCUUUCACGAACUUAUGAUGGGUUUCACGCACUUGCGGACUUUCACGGUGAACGCCGGUUCCCGUACCAACGGGGAAGACGACGGCUUGAUUCAUGUGAUGGGAUUGCCGUUUGAUACGAAGCGGGUCCUGAUUCUGACCGAGGGACUGAAUCAGGAUGCUGUAUUCACGAAGCUCAUGAACAAGCAUUGUGGUGCUCACGUUCACCAUAGGAUAGAAGACGUUGAUGCUGUGUUUGCAGAGGUCAGGGAACAGGGUUGGCAGACAACAGCAGAUGUGCCCAGUACAGACCUGGCUACAGGGCUUCGGCAAUUCUUCUUGAAGGAGGAAGAGACCGGGUGUAUCUUGGAGUUGAUUGGCAGAGGUGAAAAGAAUGAAGCUCUGGCUGGAGCCGAAGAUGUGGAGGAUGCAGCUGGUGCUGGCGGCUAUGCCACUGGGCAAGGAGAGUUUCGUACGGACAGUAUUGUGGCCUUAGCUAGAUCCCUAGACGCCUGA